UUUGCCUUUCCACGUUGUUAAUACCUUAAUACAAAUGCAGUUAGAGUAACAACUGUUACUCAGUCUCCUUUUUUAGUUUAGCGAGAGGUAGCAAGGGUGAAUAAAUCAACCAGUGAAUACAGAGGAGCACCCGUGAGUUCAAAUCCAGCAGCAGCGGCAGCAGGACACGACCUGCGGUACCUCAUCUCUCACGGAGGAGAUCCCGAAAGAAACCCCCGCCCCCGCCUCUACACACACACAGCCAUGGCAGACAACGCCGGCUUGGAAAACCACCGCAUCAAGAGCUUUAAGAACAAGGGGCGGGAUGUCGAGACUAUGCGAAGGCAUCGAAAUGAGGUGACGGUGGAGUUGAGAAAGAACAAACGAGACGAACAUCUACUGAAGAAGAGAAACGUCCCACAGGAGGAGAGUCUGGAGGACUCUGAUGUCGAUUCAGACUUCAAAGGGCAAAAUGUUACACUAGAUGCCAUCUUACAGAACGCAACCAGUAACAACGCUGUCAUCCAGCUCAGUGCUGUGCAGGCAGCCCGAAAACUGCUCUCCAGUGACAGAAACCCGCCCAUUGACGACUUGAUAAAGUCUGGCAUCCUGCCAAUUUUAGUCAAUUGCCUGGAAAGAGACGACAACCCCUCUCUUCAGUUCGAGGCAGCUUGGGCUCUGACCAACAUUGCCUCUGGGACGUCGGCACAGACUCAAGCUGUGGUUAACUCCAGUGCAGUGCCGUUGUUCUUACGACUGCUAAGCUCUCCCCACCAGAACGUAUGUGAACAGGCCGUCUGGGCGUUGGGAAAUAUUAUAGGUGAUGGCCCACAGUGCAGGGAUUAUGUCAUCUCCUUGGGUGUGGUCAAGCCGCUGCUCUCCUUCAUCAACCCUUCCAUCCCCAUCACCUUCCUACGCAAUGUCACAUGGGUCAUCGUGAACCUCUGUCGCAAUAAGGACCCGCCUCCGCCCAUGGAGACGGUGCAAGAGAUUUUGCCUGCUCUCCGUGUGCUAAUACAUCACACAGAUAUAAAUAUUCUCGUUGACACAGUCUGGGCUUUAUCCUACCUGACGGACGGCGGCAACGAGCAGAUCCAGAUGGUCAUCGAUUCCGAUGUUGUCCCGCAUCUCGUGCCUCUUCUCAGCCACCAGGAGGUCAAAGUGCAGACGGCAGCUCUGCGGGCGGUGGGAAACAUUGUGACUGGCACAGACGAGCAGACACAAGUUGUUCUCAACUGCGAGGUCCUCAGAUACUUCCCCAACUUGCUCACACACCCAAAAGAAAAGAUCAAUAAGGAAGCAGUCUGGUUCCUGUCCAACAUUACAGCUGGGAACCAGCAGCAGGUCCAAGCUGUGAUCGAUGCCGGGCUCAUCCCAAUGAUCAUUCACCAACUGGCCAAGGGGGACUUUGGCACUCAGAAGGAGGCGGCGUGGGCCAUCAGUAACCUCACCAUCAGUGGAAGGAAGGACCAGGUGGAAUACCUGGUGGAGCAGAACGUCAUACCUCCCUUCUGUAACCUGAUGCUAGUCAAAGAUCCUCAGGUGGUGCAGGUGGUCCUGGACGGCCUCAAGAACAUCCUCAUCAUGGUGGGCGACGAAGCCAGCACCAUCGCCGAGAUCAUCGAGGAGUGCGGAGGCUUGGAGAAGAUUGAGAGCUUGCAGCAACAUGAAAACGAGGACAUCUACAAGCUAGCUUUUGAGAUUAUUGAUCAGUACUUUUCAGGAGAUGAUAUUGAUGAAGAUUCCAGCUUGAUCCCUGAGAGCACUCAAGGAGGAACCUUCAACUUUGACCCUGCUUCCAACAUGCAAACAAAGGAGUUUAAUUUCUAAAAAAGAAAAAAAAAAGCCAGGAUGUUGGCUUCAACCAGCUGCACGGGUACUCUGUAAAUCCCCUUCCCUUCCUCUUCCUCCUCCUCCUCCUCCCAGCGCACACUGAAAUUCAUCCAGCCUGCUCCCAACCUGGAUGCAUCACUUCAACAUGGGUCCUCACAGUCGUCACCGAGGGAUUAUUUCAGCUCCCUUGCAGGGCUGCUGACUUUUUUUUUUUUUUGGGCAGACUUGCACCACAGCAAAGUUUAUCUUCUUUUCCCCCAUCAUAUCACACAAUGGCAGUGAUCUUCACAAGCACACUUUAAACACAUUUUGACAAUUCACCAAGCCAUCAUGUCACUAACGGGGGAGAAUUACUGCUGUUUUUUGGUCUUUUUGUUUUUGUGCUUUUUCCCCACCACACCCACUCUUAGCAUCUUCAAGCACCCCCCCCCCCCUUCCCCCCACACCACAGCUAAGCCAUGAUUAACCCCCUCCCUGCUCCUGCUCCUGCUCCACUCCGCUGAGGGUGAAACAGCUCCAUGAUGGAAAACGGUCUUUUUUUCAUUAUGAAACUACCUUCAGACUUCAUGAUGUCACUUUGACUUUGCUUUUUUCCACUUUAAAUGAAUCAGACUGUCCCUCCCCCUAACAAAUGCAAGUUAAUGUCAUUAUUCUUUCCAUGUAAAACAAUGAACUGAUAAGAGGUUUUUUGACAAGUGCAGAGACUUGCUGUUACAUGUCCACUAUAGGACACUUUGUUCAUGACUCCCCUCCAAUGUGAAACUGGCUGGUAUUUUUUGGGGGAGGAUGGCAGCAGUGCAGUUUUUUUUUUUUUAACCGACCUGAGACUGAUCAUUUUUGAAGUUUUUGGUUAUACGUGUUUUGAAACAUAAUUUUUAAAAGUUUUACUUCACGAUGUGGUCACUUCUAGUUGGAGCUUCCGUGACUUUUUUUUUCUUUGGACCUUUUCUCCCUCUCUUCAGUCUUACAACAUCCGGAAACGUACAAAGGAGUCUUAGGGCCACACUGACAAGACAAAAAAGUUAAAAUUACAACAAAAAAGGUGUAACGUUAUGAGAAUAAUAACAUGGAAAAUGAUAUCACACCAUGAGGAAAAAGUUGUAAAUGUAUGCAGAAAAAGUCUUUUGCAAGGAAAAAAACAACAAACAUCUAUGAGAAAUUAGUCGCACUGUUUUAAAAUGAAUGUCCCAGUAUGACAGGUAUUUGGUAUUUAUCAAAAAUGUAAGAAAUUGUAAUGCUACGAUGGCUGCACGGGUGCCGAAUGGUUAGCAUGUUGGCCACACAAAAAGUGUAGCAUUACGAGCAUACCAUCGUAAUAUUACAAGCAAAAACACUGUAAUGUCAAGGUGAUAAUGCAACAUAUGAAAAAUCUGGGAAAAAGUUUCAAGAACAAAGUCUCAGAACAGUUUUAAUAUCACAAGAAUAAAGUCAUAAUAUGUGAUGAAGUUGUAAAGUUAUGGGAAGAAAUCUUGAGAUCAUGAGAAACGAGACAGAAUUUUAUGUUCGCGAUAACAUGAGUAAAAAAAAUUUCAAGUAUUAAAUCACUUAAGUGGUAUGUUUUGUGCAAAAGGCAACAUUAUUGGAUUGGUUGGAAUAUUCAUAAAUUGCCAAAAAAAAACAUUCAACUACAAGUCUAAGUUUAUUUCUCUUGAAAUUGGACAUCAUUAUUCUUCAAAAAAAUGUAUACUAUGUUUGGACUAUAAUUGUUUUAAUCUUAGUUAUGAUUUGGGAAAUGCAAAGAAUGUAAAACAAGGUUAUUGUAAAUGUUUUCCCUUAUGUAUAAACACAAUUUUAUCGUAAUAUUGCAGCAUAAUUCAGUUAAUAUUAUUUACUUUUUCUUGUGAUGCAACAGUUCUCAUAAUUGUACAUUUUUUAAAAUCUUAACUUUCUUUUUGCAAUAUUCAAAUUAGUUUUUAUUUCUUUUACAAUUCGGUUUCAUGAAACAGGCUAACACUUAAGUCUCAUAUUACGACAUCUUGUAAAAUGAAUACUUUAUUCUCAUAAUAUUCAGUGUCCUGACUUUUUCUCAACUUAUUUGUACUGUUUUGUUUUUUUUGUCUUGUCAGCGUGGUCCUAAUAUUCCUUUUUAAAGCGUUAAUUAAAAAAGGAAAAAAAAAAACAUUAACUUGGGGGAUGGCACAGUACUACUUCACGCCUUUUGGACAAAGCUCACGUGUCAUCACUCGGUUUGAACACUUUGUAUACAAAAAUGUGAUGUGUAUCUCUCCACGCAUAUAUACAUAUAUAAAUAUAUAAAAUAUAUUGACAUGAAGCCUGUACAAAGCUGCUGCAGCUGACACUCGGUGGACGACGGUGAUGAUGGUGGGAAUGACCUCGCUGUCAAUGAUGGCUGCCGAGGCUCUUGUUUUUUUUUUCUUUAUUUUUAUUUUGGACUUGCAUAUGUAUUGUGAUGACAUGCUGAUUUAUUGUUGGAACAGAACAAUUUUUUUUUCCUUCGUAGUGGUGUCGGGCUGAUACCAGCUGAUGUUGAGAUAUUUUAACGCUCCUCUGGUCGGCUGCUAACUACUGAGAGGGGAUUGGGGGGGUCGUGCUAGUCGUUUAUAACGGAACACAAUUCUAGAACGAGGGUGUACAGUCAGUCAUGCACUAGCAGACUGAGAGCGAGCCACUUUAAAGAUUUACAAUUAUGUUUGCCUUGUAGCCAAAUUGGAUACAAGCUUAUGUUUGCAAGAUUUUUACUUGCUCGUAAAGAAAAAAAAAUGAAAAAAAAGUUGUUUUAAAUGAAUACUAGAAGAAAAAAAAAACAACAGACAGCAUUUUGGCCUCUGAUUGUUUAUAUCUUUUUAUAAAUUUUAGAUUGAAACUCUUCUCUUUAAGGUGGCUCAUUGAUGCUUUCAACUCCUGUGCAUUAUUAAAGACAAAUAUGAGUUGACAAAAAACAUUGGUGCCUUUUUUUCUGUCAUUUCAACUUAAACAAUAGAUUAAUAAUAGAAUGGAGCAGAGGCUUGCAAGUUUGGGACAGUGCAUUGUGUUUUUUUCUGCUCACCUCUUGACUGUAUGACCAAACAAUUGUUCCAUUUUUACUUUAACAUGGCCUUUGUUUGCACAGCAGGUUUAAAAAAUAUUUUGUAUUAAUUUUGCUCAUGCUUUCUUGUGGAGUUUUAUGUGUUCCUCCUGAUUUCUGAAGAAAUUGGUCCAUUUGUUACCAUAGACCAUUCAAAAAAUUUUUAUUUUACUGAAGUUGCCAGUGACGUUUUCGGACGUUUGAUAGGAAUAUGGCAAAAGUUUCCAUUUUGCCUUAAACGUGUCCCAAGUUAGCACAGUAGGUUCAAACAUUUUCUUCAUUUUUCUCAAGUUGGUUGUGGAGUUUUCAGCUGGCCUUCGGCUAUAUAGCACCUAAAGUUUGGCCUUGUUUUAUUUUUAAAAGUUAUUAAAGGCAGUUAUCUUGGCUUCGA